AAUAGUAACUGUGAUUCGUGGUCAGAAUGUGUUAUUUAUUUAUUUAUUUCUGUUUUCAACAAUAUUGCACCCUCUCGAAAUUCUAUAUCUCCGUCCAAACUUCUCCAAAAUUUUAAUAUCUGUAAAGCCACUUGACUUGUGCUCAUGUGUUGUGUCAGCUUCUAUUUUCCCACGUGGUCGUCGUUGUCGGCACGAAAUCAAUGACCUACCGACGAGUUAUCCAGAUAAUCAUCUGCAUACGCUGACAAUUUAUGCGGAUAAAUAUGUAUAAAUUACAAUGGCCACGAAAAUUAUACGCAGAGUCAUUUCCAUACCAAGAGCACCGACCCCUGUCACAGCUUAUAACCAAGCCAUUCUCGUGGAUCGAACAGUUUAUCUGUCCGGAGUAUUAGGACUGGAUAAGAACACAGGAAAACUGGUAGGCAAUGGAGCUGCCGGCGAAGCUCGUCAAGCACUUAUAAAUAUGGGGCACAUUUUGGCAGCAGCUGGUUCCAGUUUCGAAAAAGUUAUCAAGACAACUAUAUUACUGGAUAAUAUCGAUGAUUUUUCCGUAAUAAACGAAGUCUACAAAGAGUUUUUUGCCAAGGAUUACCCAGCUAGAUCUGCGUUUCAAGUUGGGAAACUACCAUUGGGAGCAUUGGUGGAAAUAGAGGCGAUCGCUUUGACUGGGAAUGUAGAAACAGUUUGUGUCGAAUCUACUUCGUCAGAGAAAUGACUAUCUUUGGCAAAGUUGUGAUUUUCAAAGAAUAUUAAUCUACAUUAUUUAAGUCAGGAUUGAAGCGUGUCAACGUUUUAUCGCUCUAUGAGCAACUCGAAAAAAACAGAAAAAUUUUUAUGACUGUGUCAAUAAAAAAAUAAUAAAUGA